AUGUCGCCAAGAUUUGCAAGGUUUACUCGCAAAAAGCUCUUGCUCGACGUCCAGCUUGUUAUGAUCACCGUGAUGCGCUCCUCGAGGGCCCUACGACUGUUACAGACCGGCACUAGGAUAUCUCACACUACUUCUCAGGCUCCGAGGAGAGUUGUAGCUAUUCGCAAUGGCUACUGUUCAGCCUGCGAACCAGCGCCGCCGCAGCCAUCAGAUGUGAAAAGGCGCUACGAUCGGCCUAAAUCACACAAGAAACCCAAGAACCCCAAGGAGCCCGAAGCAGCACCAGAUCAUCGACACCUAGGGAUCGAGCAAGAGCUGUUCACCACCUCUAUAUACAGCCCAGGCUCACCUAUAUUUCUGCCAAAUGGAACGAGAAUAUUCAAUAAGCUGACGGACUUUCUACGAACUCAAUACGAACACUUCGGAUUCCAGGAAGUCAUUACCCCUACAAUCUACAAAAAGUCAUUAUGGGAGAAGUCGGGACACUGGGAGAACUAUGCAGAAGACAUGUAUUCUGUUACGGGACGAGGGGCGUCCGGGGAAAAGGAGGGUCGGCAGAUUGGGGAAGAUGAAGAAUAUGGACUGAAGCCCAUGAAUUGUCCAGGACACUGCCUCAUAUUCGCUUCCAAGCAACGAAGUUAUCGAGAUCUACCUAUACGAUUUGCCGAUUUCAGUCCUUUACAUCGAAAUGAAAUCUCGGGAGCGCUCAGUGGAUUAACAAGAGUUCGGAGAUUUCAUCAGGACGAUGGCCAUAUAUUCUGUCGCCCCUCCCAAAUUCGAGAAGAGAUCUCAAAGACCUUGGAGUUCGUAAAGUUGACAUACGGAGUACUUGGUCUGGGGCCCUAUAGAUUAGCUCUUUCUACAAGACCAAAGGAUACCUUUAUUGGGACGGUAGAAGAAUGGGACAACGCAGAAGCGGCGCUGAGAGAAUCCCUCGUCGCAAGCGAGCAACCGUGGACACUCAAUGAGGGAGAUGGAGCAUUCUACGGGCCAAAGAUCGACAUCAUUUUGAAAGAUUCGGAUGGAAAAGAGCAUCAAACCGCCACAAUCCAGCUCGAUUUUCAACUCCCCAAGCGCUUCGAAUUGGAAUAUCAAGCACCAGCGCCGGAGAUUGAACAGAAAGGUCUGACUACGGAUGACGCGGAAUUACUUUCGGUUCAAGGGCCUGUCACUCCUGUGCUCAUACACAGAGCAGUUUUGGGUUCGGUUGAACGAAUUAUGGCACUUUUGAUUGAGCACCAUAAUGGUCGAUGGCCAUUUUGGCUGAAUCCACGCCAGGUGAAGAUAUUGACUGUCAAUGAUCAACAAGAAACUCUCGAUUUUGUCAAGAAAGUAGUGCAGGACCUACAAGGCUACGACCCUCCAUCAACAGAUGGCGAGGGUCGAGGUCUUGGGGCUCUUGGAGCUGGUCUUGUCCGUGGGAAUAGACUUUCCAUUGACGUGGAUGACUCUCCUCGCGGUCUAAACAAAAAACUCUCGGAAGCCAAGAACCAGCGAUACGGUGUCAUUAUAGUUGUUGGCGCACGAAAUGUUGAAUCCAAUCGCCUCACUGUUGAUUUCUCCGCUAUCCCUAAUUACCGCUACGAUAUCCGAGAGAGUAAACUGCUGAACAACCUCCUCGUGGCACAUAAGGAAGCCAAGCUGGAGAGAGACGCCAGGUAUCCCAACUGGGGUACGCACUGGGCUCCUGCCGACGAAGAGUUUGCCUCGCAGGAUGGGGAUCCUGCACCUCGUAAGCUGAGUCACGAAGAAUUGAAGGCUUUCGAAAUAACCGCAAGGACCUUGAGGAAGGUUUUGAAUGGCUUUCAAACUUCGUACGUGUGA